CCCAGGGUGAAGAAGGGGGUGAAGAAAAACUCAGAUCCUUCUCAAUGAAACCAUCGAAGAAGAAUCAAGGUUUCUCAGUCUUGGAAAGGUGAGGAAAUCUUGGUUUUGUGUCUCAACAUAUCAUGAAUUGCCAAACGUGACCUGAGGAGAAGCCAGAUGGCUCGUCUAUAAAGCUUGUUACGCCUCCCUCCAUGCAUUCCCACCCCUGCUCACUUGUCCAUUCAAACACUCUUCAAUCGAUAGAAAUCUCCACAACCACAGCCACAGCCACAGCCACAGCCACAGCCACUUCUCCAUUCAAUCUCUGCAACUCGAUCUUUCCUAUUUUUUUUUUAGCUUUUUCAGCCAUGGUGGUCUGCUCAAAACCUGCAUUAGACAGUUUCUCUUUGAUAAAUGACUGCAAACCCACCACCUUUGCCUCUCGAAUUCCUGUUAUAGACCUCUCAAAACCAGAUGCUGAGACCCUUAUUGUUAAGGCCUGUGAAGAAUUCGGGUUCUUUAAGGUGAUCAAUCAUCGUGUCCCAAUGGAGUUCAUCUCCAAAUUGGAAUCUGAAGCUGUGAAAUUCUUCUCCUUACCACAGCCUGAGAAAGAGAAAGCUGGCCCUGCUAAUCCAUUUGGGUAUGGAAACAGGAAAAUUGGGCUAAACGGAGAUAUUGGUUGGAUUGAAUAUCUCCUCUUGAGGAGCAAUCCUGAAUUCAUCUCCCAGAAAUCUCUUUCCAUUUUUGGAGGAAACCCAGAAUUAUUCCGCUCUGCUUUGAAUGAUUAUAUUUCAGCUGUGAAGAUGACGGCUUGUGAAAUUCUUGAAUUGCUGGCUAAAGGGUUGGGGAUUGAACAGAGGAAUGUGUUCAGCAAGAUUUUGAAGAAAGAAGAAAGUGAUUGUCUGCUCAGGAUCAACCAUUACCCACCAUGUCCUGAUGUUCAAGCUCCGAGUCGUUCCAAUAUGAUUGGAUUUGGAGAGCACACAGACCCACAGAUAAUCUCAGUUCUACACUCAAAUAACACUUCAGGACUGGAAAUCUAUCUUAGAGAUGGGACUUGGGUCUCUGUUCCACCCGACCACAACUCCUUCUUCGUCAAUGUUGGUGAUUCCCUGCAGGUUAUGACUAAUGGAAGGUUUAAGAGUGUGAAGCAUAGGGUUUUGGCAAAUGGUUCAAAGUCUAGGCUUUCAUUGAUCUUCUUUGGUGGGCCACCCUUGGAUCAGAAGAUAACACCAUUACAAUCCCUCAUGGAAGAAGGAGAAGAGAGCUUGUACAAAGAGUUCACUUGGUGUGAAUAUAAGAAGUCAGCUUACAAGUCGAGGUUGGCUGAUAAUAGGCUUCAGCACUUCGAAAAAUGAGGACUGAAGUUCUGAUGGACUCUAGACCACAUUUUAGUGUUUUGAAAAGACAGUAGAAUGGAUUGGUCAAAGUGGGUUGGACAAGUUGACCAAAUUAGCAAAGUUUGACACCCAAAAA